GAAAUUGAUAGAAAUUCGUCGGUUUCCGGUGGUUUCGCGUGCGGACCGUGCAGGAAAUUGAAUUACUGCUAGUGGUUUCCAACCCCCGCUCCGGGUUUGAUUCGGGAGUUAAUAUCGCUCAGUUGAUGGUUUCAAAAAGUUCUCAAGUCUAGUUCAUUGUUUGCGAACGAAGGAGAUGCCUUCGCACGAUGAAACGCCGUGAUCUAAGAUGCGGUAGUGACGUGAAGGAAAAAGCGAGUGUGCGAAUCGUGUGAAUCAUAUGGUUGCUUGGAUGCGGUUGCCGAAGACGCUGAUAAGUCGUGGAUAACUUCGAUUAUAUAAAAAAAAAACUUCAUCGGAGAGGAAGAGAAAAGCCGCAUAUAAGUCCCAGCCGGUGCAUGAAAGCAGCAGAACCGAAGUUGUCUGGCUCAGCAAAAAUUCCAAAUAAUAACAACAAAGACUGAGAAAUUAAUACACCAAUCGGAUUACGGAUUGUUUGCACUGCGAUUGUGUGGAGCCACGAUGCCGAAGAAGGCAGCAAGAUGAAGCCGAGCCAUCGCCGUUUGCCAAGAUUGGAAUUGUGUUUGGCAAACUCGACGAAAACCGCUGAGGCGGCGACGGAAACGACGACAACGACUUCGCCCGGGGCCAAAGUUCCAACGAGGGCAGCAUGGCAGAAACAAAGGAUUUAGCAUCGCCGGAAAGUUUCCACUGGUGCUGAUGGUGCCAAUGUUCGUGCUAAAAAGUCCUGCAGUGAACGGGAAAGAAUGAGUGUUCAGUGCGGGCACUAACCAGUAACUACUACUAAGGAUAUCGGGUUUUCGUGCUAGCGUUAAUGAAGUGGAUUUAUUCGAAAACGAGGAAAAAAUUACAACGAAAAAAAAUAUAGCGUGGGAAUUACGAAUCGAAAGUGAAUCGUUGCCUUCACCUGAAAAGAAAAUUAGUAAAUUGAUACAUCAUCGCAUCGAAUGCGACUUUAGCUAAGUUCCGUAGUACAGAAUAUCCUAAAUUCAAUACAAUCAUUUCGUUACUCCAAAUUAAUACGUCGAAUACACCCUUCAAUAGUCAUAAAUAGAAAUAUUAGCAAUAAUAGUCACAUCGAAAGAGAAAAAAAAAGUUAUCACGUCGUACACCAAAUAUAUUAAGAAGAAAGUUAUUAGUGCUCUCCUUCCUAGUGAAAUUUACCUACUCUUUUAUCGUUCUUCGAAAUUGCUAGCGUGCUAAUAUUAUAAACGAUUAGAGUAGCUGCUCCGUUCGUUACCAAUAAGUGGGUGAGCGUGUGCGAUUAGCCCAAAUUAGUGAUAGUGAUUCGCAAAUAUAACCAAAUCCUAAAGCCCCGAAGCAUAGAGUGUGAAGAAACAGGAAGAAGAGGAACAACCACCACAGGAAGAAUCCAAAGGAGCAAAAAUGCCCGUCAGAAGAGGACACGUCGCUCCUAAGACGACGCUUAUUGAAACGAUAAUCAGGAAAUUCGACACGCAUAACCGUAGCUUUCUAGUGGCCAAUGCACAGCCGGAAUCGUGCCACAUCAUCUUCUGCUCGGAUGGCUUCUGCAAGAUGACCGGGUUCACGCGGGCCGAGGUGAUGCAGCGGUCCGCUUGCACCGAGUUCCUGCAGGGCCAGAUGACCUCCCAGGCCGUCGUCCAGUCGAUAAAGGAAGCCCUUCGCAAGGGCGAGGAGCAGCACUUCGAGAUACUGUACUAUCGGAAGAAUGGCACUAAAUUCCUCUGCUCGGAGGUGAUCGCCCCGAUCCGGUCCGAGGUGGACGACAUCUCGCUGUUCAUCAUCAACUUCGAGGACCUGACGAACCCGACCAGCCCGGAACCGCUCGAGCCGAAGUCUCACCACCGCAGUUUUCUUUCAGUGGACCGCGCCAGGGCAAGCUUUCGACAAUCGUUUCGCAUCGGACACAUUGCCCUGCGGGAUCGUGGUCUCCGGUUGGCCGGUUACCUCACGCCGCCAUCCGAUGCCACCCAGGAGGAGGAGGAAAUCGGCAUCAACAAAAGUGCGAUUGAGAGGGGGUUUUGCAGUGACAGGGUUAGCCAAACGACGGUGCUCAAGGUGGAGACGAACAUCUGGGCGCCAAUGUCGACGCCCGCGCUGACGAGGACCAAAGAGCUGGAGGCAUUGCAGGCCGAUGGCGAUACGCUCAGCGGACCAGGCGAAAUUGUGAUAACUACCCCCGAGGUGGCCAAAGCGGAAGUGAUACCGAUCGAGCUUCCGACGCCAAUCGUCGAUUCCAAACCAGAGUUUCAGCAAACCAAAAGUUUAGACUUUGAGAUACAAUCAAAACAGUUCGGAGCGCCAGCAGUGUGUGCGUGUGUGAAAGCUCGCUUUGCUGCCCGACGAGCUUUCUGCCUGGCUACCACUACCACUACCUAUCUACAUACUUCCUUUGUACAGACAAGUUUGUACGAUUGUUUGCGAACUGUAGAAAAUGUCCAAACCCCAGUGAGCGAUCGUGACGGCCCAGCGCAAGGACCCACGGGAUACCACGCGCGACAGUAUUUUCCGUACGUUUCGUCCGAGAGCGACCUCCAACGCUACAAAGCAGUGCCAUUAAAGCAGAACUCGAGCCACGAGCCGCGAACCAGUUCAUCACUUUCUAAUGUGCCUUCAGACUCUACUAAAACUAAGGAUAAUGGAUCAGCAAAAUACUUUCAGGGAACAAGACAAACAAUAAAUAUGGGUGAAAAGGUAGCACAGGUCCUAUCGCUCGGCGCCGAUGUACUACCGGAAUACAAACUACAGAGUCCACGUGUUCACAAAUGGACAAUACUGCACUACUCUCCGUUCAAGGCGGUGUGGGACUGGAUAAUAUUAAUAUUAGUUAUGUAUACAGCAAUAUUUACCCCGUACGUAGCAGCAUUUUUGCUGAACGAACCUGACUUUAAUCAAAGGAAAAAUCGCAAAUACGCGGAUGACCCAAUUGUGAUAAUUGAUUUAAUAGUUGAUGUAACAUUUGUCAUAGAUAUAUUAAUUAAUUUUCGAACGACGUUCGUCAACGGCCAGGAUGAGGUGGUAUCUCAUCCGGGCCGCAUCGCGGUGCAUUAUCUGAGCGGCUGGUUUCUGAUCGACCUGGUAGCGGCGAUCCCGUUCGACCUGCUACUGGUCGGAAGUGAUACGGACGAGCUUGGCUUGGACAAAGAUGAGACAACGACUCUGAUUGGUUUAUUGAAAACGGCACGUCUAUUGCGUCUAGUGCGAGUGGCAAGAAAGAUCGAUCGCUAUUCGGAAUAUGGCGCUGCUGUUUUAGUAUUACUGAUGGCUACCUUUGCACUAAUCGCUCACUGGCUGGCUUGUAUUUGGUAUGCGAUAGGCAACGCCGAACGUCCGUUUAUGAAGAACAAAGUAGGCUGGCUGGACGCGUUAGCCGAGGCCACCCAGGAGUAUUACUAUGCCAACAACACCGGUGGAGGUCCGUCGAUAAAGUCACGAUACGUGACCGCGCUGUACUUCACCUUUACCUCGCUGACGUCGGUGGGAUUUGGGAACGUGGCGCCGAAUACGGACGCCGAGAAGAUUUUCACGAUAUGCGUCAUGUUGGUCGGAUCCCUCAUGUACGCCAGCAUCUUCGGUAACGUUUCGGCCAUCAUUCAACGGUUAUACUCCGGCACGGCACGAUAUCACACACAGAUGUUGCGUGUCCGGGAGUUCAUUCGGUUUCAUCAGAUACCCAACCCACUGAGGCAGCGACUGGAGGAGUACUUUCAGCACGCCUGGACGUACACCAACGGCAUCGAUAUGAACUCGGUGCUGAAAGGGUUUCCCGAGUGCCUGCAGGCGGAUAUCUGCUUGCAUCUCAACCGGAACCUGCUCAACAAUUGCUCCGCCUUCGAGGCGGCCAGCCCUGGCUGCCUAAGAGCACUUUCGUUAAAGUUUAAAACCACACACGCCCCUCCCGGUGACACGCUGGUGCACAAAGGGGACGUCCUCACGUACCUAUAUUUUAUAGCGCGUGGCUCGAUAGAGAUAUUAAAAGACGACGUAGUCAUGGCGAUAUUAGGCAAGGAUGAUAUUUUCGGCGAAAAUCCCUGCACCCACACGACGCUGGGAAAAUCAAACAGUAAUGUUAAAGCACUAACUUAUUGUGAUCUACAUAAGAUUCAUAGAGAUGACUUAUUAGACGUGUUAGAUUUAUUUCCGGAAUUUUAUGAUAGUUUUGUAAAUAGUUUGGAAAUUACGUAUAAUAUGAGAGAUGAGGAGCAAGCGGGAAUAGAGUUAAGGCAUCGACAUAUGCGACUCGGGUCCCAAGAUAGAGAUAGCGAUACACGAUCCUAUGUUAGGAGGAUAAACACGGUACAUCAUCAUAGACCGAGUCAGACCAAAUGUGAUAUUCCAAAUGAUAGAAGUUCGGGACAAAUAAGCACUAACUUCGAUGACGAUCGAAAGUUUUCUAUAUCAGGAAUGAUGUCUCAUAUAAAGCGAAGCAUACCCGAUCUUAGAUUGAACAGACAUCAACCAUUGACCAGUACUUGUGCAUCUCCAAACGAGAGCCCUAAGAGCUCGCACAAGCACAGUCCGCCCAGUGAUAUCCAGUCGCCGAAGGGGAUUGCACCGGAUACCGUCACGCUCAGUGCCAUCAGCAAUCGAGGCUGCAUCUGCGUAGGCAGUGGUAAGGACGGGCCACUGGUUGGUCGCCUGAGUGGCCCCGUCGAUCUCAAGUGCAGUCCGGACGUCGAGGACGUGUUCCACCAUACCGCACCAAUCAGCAGCACUGGCGGCAGGGACGUCAGUGAUCACCAUCUUCACCAUCAUCACCAAUCUUCGCAGCCGCAGCAACAACAGCCACCCCAUGAUAAUCUAGGAUUACUAACAAAUCAAUUAUCUGAUUUAACGAUAAGACUAGACAGCUUAGAAGGUAGCCUAAGGAAAGAUAUCAGAACGGUUUUAGAAAUCCUGCACCAGCAGCAGCAGAUGCAGCUGCAGUUUCACCACCAACAGCUGCAACACCAGCAGCAACAGAUGCAGCAGUCCGGCAAGACUGCGUUGUCAUCGUACCAACCGUCCGAGAGUGAUUUCUCUUUUGACAUGUGUGCCGGCACUGGUGACGCUGCCAGUGGCAGUGUUGCCAAACACGGUGGACCGACGGCUCAGCAGCGGACCAACGUGCAACGGUCCGUCUCGCAGCCGGAAUGCGCCAACGAGAAAAGCCUUUUCAAGUGCUCAAAAUUUUCUUCAUUUAAUCAACCAAUGGACGAUACUCCGGAGGGUCACAAUUGGAACAUUUUCGCUCCAAUUGCUAAACUCGAAUCGUUGGACGAAAUUGAUCAGGAUAGUAAACAUUCUGUCAGUCAGGACAAACCUCAAUAACGUAUGCCUCGGGAUGGCGCGAGUGAGUCGAGUUAGUCAUGCCAGGAGCAAAAAUAGUCUUACACCCUGCAAAUACAUUCUUUAGAAUCCCUCUAGCCGAAAAUAAACGAACGAAAACAUUCGAAUAAUGUUUACUGUACAUAUUGCUUGAGAAUAAUUUCAGAUGUUCAUCUUUAAUUAUAUUGAUCGAUUUAAAAAACGACAACCAAAACAAUUGUACAUUUUUUCAUAUAAAUACUGAACAUAAUUUAUACGAAAAAGAUAUAUCAGCAGAUUUUUAUGGUGCGCGAGACGGGAAAAGCAAAUAUUAUCAGAAAACAGUCAGAAAACCUGCAAAAAAAACAGCCACAAACAAACAAAACACGCAUAUAUGAAACGCAGUGAACAGCUCCACGGUGGGAGUAACAAAACGAAAGAAUGCGAAAUGGAAUGCUCCAUAUUUAGUUGUUAUCAAAUCGUUACAAGAGCCAACACUGAGAGUAGGCUAAAUGCAUAAAACAAAAAGAAUCUUAUCAAAUCUUAGGAAUUAUUACCAUUUAGUCAAUUGAAUUUGAAAAUGAGUUUGUCAUUUUCUUAGAUCCAAUUUUUCCACACAAAUUAUUCUUCUUAGGUGGUAUUUUGUUAUAGUAACAAACGAAAUUACUCCGAAUGAGUAACGUAUCUCAAACAAAGCAAAAAGAUCUGUAAGCGAUAAGUUAGUCGAUAAUUUGUUUUAGCUGUUGAACAGUAUUAUCAUUAUUGUUCAGAAGUAAAUUAUUUUUUCCAAAGGAGUUAAUUCAAGGGAAAAGAUGUUAGUGAAUGCAAAUACAAAUUCUAGCAAGGUUAUGAUGAAGUGAUACAGAGCGAUUAAAUGACAUAACGAUACACAUCCAUAAACAUAAACACAAAACAGUCAUGUGAAGAAUAGUGUGCGCUUCAUAGAAGUUAACGCACUUGGUUCGUUUACAAAAGAGAACUUUUUCAAAUUUCGCUAACACAAACACAUCAACAUUUUCGAAACACCAACGAUAAGCAAACUCACGCUCACUAAAAACAAACACAUCCCAAAAUACACACAAACAAAAACAAUCGUAAAUUGAUGGUCAGGAUCAAACUACCGCCAUGAUCGGAAUGAGAAACAAUACAUGGCGCGUGAUUUUCUAAAUCACGGAAGUUUGUUUCCUGAUUGUACAUUUCCCUUAAGAACAAAAAUUGUUAACUACUUUCAAUUUCCGUUAACGCGAGUGAAUGUUCGAAGUUUUAAGCUUGCAUUGAACCAGGAAAUGACAACAGCAACAGCGUUUACAUUCUCACAUUUACACUUCAAUGAAUAAAUAAACAAUACCAAACCACAAUACAUACACACUCCGAGUACACAGCAGUAACAGCAACAACACAAACAACAGAAAUUAAACCAAGAGUUAAAGCAUUGAAAGAACUGAGGAAAAAAUAAAUUAAAAACUUUAUAGAAAAUGUACGGAAAAUAUACUUUACGAAAGAAA